AUGCGGCUCGAUAUCAAGAGGCAGCUGUUUGCCCGCUCCGAGCGGGUAAAGGGGAUUGAUUUCCACCCCACAGAGCCCUGGAUUUUGACAACAUUGUACAGCGGUCAUGUCUAUAUCUGGUCUUAUGAAACCCAGUCCAUCAUUAAAACAUUCGAACUCACCGAUGUCCCUGUUCGUGCCGGUCGAUUCGUUGCGCGAAAGAACUGGAUUGUUUGUGGCUCAGAUGACUUCCAACUCCGUGUCUACAACUACAAUACAUCCGAAAAAAUCACCUCCUUUGAAGCACACCCGGAUUAUAUCCGUUCUAUUGCCGUUCACCCCACCCAGCCGUUUGUGCUCACAGCCUCCGAUGACAUGACAAUCAAGCUUUGGGACUGGGAGAAGGGCUGGAAGUGUGUUCAGGUCUUCGAGGGCCACAGCCACUAUGUCAUGGGCAUGGCAAUUAACCCGAAAGAUACUAAUACUUUCGCCUCCGCAUGUUUGGAUCGGACCGUUAAGAUCUGGAACCUCGGCUCCCCCCAUGCCAACUUUACACUUGAAGCGCACGAGACGAAAGGUGUCAACCAUGUCGACUAUUAUCCACAUGCUGAUAAGCCAUACCUCCUCACAACUUCCGACGACAAGACCGUCAAAGUUUGGGAUUACACUACCAAAGCACUAAUUGCAACCCUCGAGGGUCACACAAGCAAUGUCUCAUUUGCUUGCUAUCACCCUGAACUGCCUGUGAUCAUCUCCGGUUCUGAGGAUGGAACCAUUAAGAUUUGGCACGCAAACACCUACCGCCUGGAGCAGUCAUUAAGCUACGGUCUAGAACGAGCAUGGUGUGUUUCCUAUCAGCGAGGCAGACAGGGGAUUGCGAUGGGCUUCGACGAUGGUGCUGUGGUGGUCAAGAUGGGUCGGGAAGAGCCCGCUGUAUCAAUGGACGGAUCAGGUAAACUUAUCUGGGCCAGACACAGUGAAGUUGUGUCAUCAGUGAUUAAAGGCGGUGAUGCCAGUAUCAAGGACGGCGAGCCCCUUACGCUACCAACCAAGGAUCUGGGACAGUGUGAAGUGUACCCACAGACUUUGACACACUCUCCUAAUGGACGUUUCGUCUCCGUUUGUGGUGAUGGAGAGUAUAUCAUUUACACAGCAUUGGCGUGGAGAAACAAGGCCUUCGGACAAGCUCUCGAUUUUGCAUGGGGAGCGAAAGAUAACAGCAAUGACUAUGCUAUUCGCGAGUCAUCGACAAGUGUGAAGAUUUUCAGGAACUUCAAGGAGCAGAGCGCCGGGCUUGAUGUUGGAUUCCAAGCCGAAGGUCUUUCUGAUGGUGUUCUUUUGGGUGUCAAGGGUCAAGGUGGCAUUGGCUUCUUUGACUGGGAGACUGGAAACCUCGUUCGGAGGAUCGAAGCUGAACCCAAAUCCGUCUACUGGUCCGAAUCCGGUGAACUGGUUACUCUUGCCUGUGAAGAUGAUUUCUACGUCCUCCGCUACUCUCGCGAAGAUUAUAUCAACGGCUUGAACGCCGGUGAGGCAGAUGAGGAUGGAGUUGAGGCGGCUGUUGAAUUAGUUGCUACAAUCAACGAGACUGUCCGCACCGGACAGUGGGUCGGAGAUUGCUUCAUCUACACCAACUCUACGAACCGCUUGAACUACCUUGUCGGAGACCAAACUUACACAAUCUCUCACUUCGAUCAACCGAUGUAUGUCCUCGGUUACCUGCCCCGAGAUGGCCGUAUCUACCUCGCAGACAAGGACGUCAACGCCAUCUCCUUCAGCCUUUCUCUUAGUAUGGUCGAAUAUCAAACAGUGGUGUUGCGCGGUGAUAUGGAAAUGGCAUCCGAGCUCCUCAAGGAUGUGCCUCAAGACCAGAUGAACAAGGUCGCUCGCUUCCUCGAAGGCCAAGGAUACAAGGAAAUGGCUCUGGAAGUUGCUACUGACUCUGAGCACCGUUUCGAGUUGGCUCUUGCUCUGAGCGACCUCGACACCGCUCUCACGAUUGCUCGCGAGGCCAACGUCGAGCACAAGUGGAAAAUCGUCGGCGACGCGGCCCUGGCUGGUUGGAACCUCGCACUGGCCCAGGAGUGCUUCACCAACGCCAAGGACGUUGGUUCUCUGCUUCUGUUGCACACCGCCAGCAACAACCGCUCAGGACUCCAGGCUUUGGCCGCCCAAGCCUCGGAAUCUGGCCUUCACAACGUAGCAUUCUCCACGUUGUGGUCUAUGGGAGAUAUCGAUGGCUGCAUUGCUCUCCUCAUCCAGACUAACCGCAUCGCCGAGGCUGUUCUCUUCGCCCAGACCUACAAGCCUUCGAGCGCCCCCAAGCUCGUUGUCCAAUGGAAGGAAUCACUAGAGAAGUCCGGCAAGACCAAGGUCGCCCGCCUCAUCGGUGUCCCCCCCGGUGCUCCCGACGUCACCUCCACCGACGAUGACCUCUUCCCCGAGUGGGACGAGUACAUCCGUCUAGAGCAGGAGGGAAUCGCCCCUGCGCCUGCCUCCGAGUCCCUGAUUGAUAUCAAUAGUGACGAGGAAGAGCCUGCGAGCCCGACCAAUGGCGCACCCGAGGCGGAGGAAGAGUCAGAGGCGGCCGACAAGGCUGCAGUGGCUGAGGCCGAUGCUGCCGAAGCCGAGUAA